UGGUGUUGCGUUAGUGUAGUGAAGAUGGAAGUCUAUCAACCAGUGGAGAGGAGCAGUCACUCUACAGUACAGGUAGGAGACUACCUGUACAUGUGGGGUGGGCUCCAUGAUGAUCUCCCUGAACUAGUACACAAUAAUGAGAAGAAGAAAUCAAUGUGUUCUGUAGUGGAGGUCUGUCAUGUACCAACUGGUGAGUGGGUACAAAAGCCUACCACUGGUGACCCUCCACUUGGUGUCUGGGGAUAUGCUGCUGCUGUCAUUAGAAAUGAAAUAUUCUUUUUUGGAGGCUAUUGUGGUCAUGAUCAAUGUUAUCAUAAUAGUUUAUACAGUUUUAAUGUUGAUACCUUCAAUUGGAAGGAACUCUCUCCUACUUCAUCUCAUUAUGGUCCUAUGAUGAAGACUGGCUCCAGCAUGAUAGCAAUAAAAGUGAAAGAUGAGGACUAUCUUGUAGUGAUUGGAGGAGGUGGAUCAUCUUCUAAUAAUAACCCACCACAACCUGGUGCCCAGUACAGUGAUAGACGUUGCAAUGAAAUACAUCUGUACAGAUUAAAAACUGGUAAAUGGACUUCGCCGACAGUCACUGGAGACAGACCACCUCCUAUUAAUAGUUUCACUUUAACAUCAAUAACUACUACCACUGCUAUAUUGUUUGGUGGUUAUGAUGUUGAUGAAUGGAGUAAUGAUGUAUAUGUAUUUGAAUUUACCGAUACAUCAGUGAAAUGUACAAAGUUUUCUAAUCCUGGAGGAUCAACUAAUAUACCAGACAGUGUCACUGAUAGAAUGUAUCCUUCUCUCUCAGUUUGGAAUGAGACACAGACCACUCACUGGAUAAUUGAGUUUGGAGGAAUGAGAGAUGGUUCAUUAAUCAGUGAUACAAGAUUUAUUGAAAUCAGUGAAUGCUGUAGGGAAGUGGAUGGAGGAAGGGAGUGUUGA